GGACGAGGGUUUUGCCGUCUGCAUCGCGAAAGUUUUCGCCCCUUCUUCCCUCCCUUCUCUCGCAGACGCAUCGAACUACGCCGCCGCUUCCCAUCCUGCUCCUGUUCGACCAGCCAAACCCUAGCCUGAUUUCUUCCCCUUCGGACGCGCUACAUUAUGAAAGUGUUACAGGCAAAUGCCGGGGCGCUCACCAACUAUGAGGUUCUCGAAUUUUUACGCGGGAGAGGCGCGACGAGCGACCCUAUGGGGUGCCUUGGUGCCGUUACGCCUUCCGAGUGCAAGGUCUAUGAUUGGCUGGUACAAACCGCUGCUUGCAAUCAGACGAAGGAAUCAAUCGAUGAGUUUUUGAAUAAAGCCGAAAAGUUCAAACUUGCAAAAGCUGAGAAGCUCAAUAUCAUAAACCUGCGGCCAUCCAACCUAGCUAUUAUUGAUCCGAUUAUAGAAUACGGUGAGAAACGUCUAGCAAAAGACGAAGCUAAAGGGAUAGACGAAGUUCAGGAACUUGUGGGUCUAGUGCUCGAGGUUUUACCACCGCCGCCGCCAAGACCUGAAGAUGAGAUGCAAGGUCAGGAAGAGAUGCCCACUGAGAAACCACUGGAAGAAGAUUAGUUUUGUUUGCAACAAAUUCUUAGUUCAAUGCUCAUAAGCGAUUGUACAUGGAUUUCAUCGGGUAAGCUAACUGUUACACUGAAUUAAUGAAGUUUGAUACUGUAAACAGACUAGUGUUAAGUUAUUAAUUGAGAUGCUGUUUCUAAUUUUCUUGGACAA